UUCUCUGGUCUCAGCUCUGAGCUCCAACCCCUCCUAUCUGAGAGAGCUGGACCUGACCUACAAUCAUCCAGGAGAUUCUGGAGUGAAGUUACUGUCAGCGGGACUGAAGGAUCCUCUCUGGAGACUGGACACUCUCAGGGUGGAGCCUGCUGGAGUCAGAUGGUUGACACCAGGUCUGAGGAAGUAUGGGUCAAAGACAGACCUUGAUGUGUCUGAGGACAGAAGAGAGGACCAGCUGAGUCCUGGUGAUCCAGAAAGGUUGAUGCAGCAGCAGCAGCAGCAGCAGCAGCAGCAGCAGCUUGACCCUUUCACACCUGAGCUGCUGACUGAGUCUGGAAAGACUUCAUACAGGUUCAGGUGUCCUGGUCCAGGUGUGUUCCAGUGUGCUUUGACUGGACUGGUGUUUGUUACGACUCAGGAGGCGGAGCUGCUGUACAACAUUGUCCAAUGGGACGGGAGCCUCCUCCAAUCAGCUGGCAGGAUGGCUGCAGGGCCGCUGUACGACAUCAGGUGUUCAGAGGAGGCUGCUGUCUGUCAGCUCCACCUUCCACACUGUGAAAUCAUAGAUGCUCCUCUGCCUGAUGGCCUGUUGUCUGUCGUCCACAUCACUGAUGAUGGGAUGAGCAUCCUUGAGCCGCUGGAGAUUACUGACUCUCAUGUGGUUGUAAAUGUCCCUCACCUCUCUGUCUUUGGCCUGGGCUGGAAUGUCGUUAAAAGGUUGUGGACCAAACCUGUCAGCGGCCAAGUUCUGCUGUUCCUGGGACACCUAACUCCAGAAACAGAGAGGCAGAAACUCAAUGUGCUUCUCCUGCCAAGAAACAUCCCUCUGAGCACGGUGAGUGCACAAUAUCACCAAUCUAGGAACAUCCAGGUUCCUUCCACAUGUAGACUCAUCAAAGACCAAAGUUACACUGUCCACUGUCCUCAGGCUGUUACAAUACAGCCAAAGAAAGCAGAUUUUGAGCUGGAGUUUGGACCAAACUACCACCCAACGUUUGAGAUCCGCCUGCCUGUAAACACACCAGAAGUGACUCUAAUAGUCCAAGACGAAGGACAGAGCGUCUGGGAGCAUGACGUGGACAUGAUUGAAGAAGAAAGGCUCAGGAGGAAACAGGAAGAAGAAGAAAAGAGGAAACGGGAAGAAGAAAAAAAGCUCAGGAGGAAACCAGAAGAAGAAGAAAAGCUCAGGAAGAAACAGAAAAAGACAGCUGACAUGCUGCUGGACAUCCUGAAGGACAUGGAUGAAGAGGAAUUCAAGGAUUUCAAGUGGAACCUGAGAAACAUGAGGGAAAUCAAACGGUGCGACCUGGAGCACGCAGACAGGCGUAAGACCGUGGACCUGAUGCUGGCGUAUGGCCGGCAGGAGGCCGUCAACAUGACCAGAGAAUCUCUGAUGGAGAUCCCGAGGAACGACCUGGUGGAGCGUUUGGCUGCAGAAGGGUUUCCAGGGUAACGGCGGAGCUGCACUGCCUCCUUCAAUCUCCUCUUUCCAUCCGUCUCAUUCCAGAAUUGAUCCGUUUACGAGUGUUACCUGUCGGGUUCCCCCAGCAAACACUACCUUCUUGUAAACUGCUCGUGGGACCAAACAUCUUCUUCUGUCUGUCCUUUACACAACCUCUGAAGAGAACUCGGUCAAAAGUCUUACAUUUGUCACCUGAUAGAUGCUGGUUUUAUUGUUUUUAAUUGCUUUUAAUAUGCUUUUUAUG